GAACAGAAGCAUUUUGACAGUGAGCGAGUGAUUUUCGAGAUGUAAAUAAAUAUCGGUAAAAUGUAGUAAUUCUGGGAUUAUUGUGCACAAGAUGGGGACACAGCGUGUCCUCUUUUAUUUUUAUGUGAUAUUGUGUGGGAUCGAGCUGGACUUGAUCGUGAAUUCAGAGAAGAUCCGAUUUGACUAUGUUCAACUUCUACAACAAAUCCCUCCAGACACCCCCCUACCUUACGAAAUCAUCUUCCCCAAACGAAUCCUGACCAAAGGCAAGACCGCAGGGAUAUCAACCCGAGAAUCGAAGAUCGGACAUCAUGGGACGUACGAACACAUAGAACAAGUGACAUUUCAGCUCGUGGUCGACGAAGAAACUCACAAAAUCAAACUUCAGAGAAACAGUGCUCUUUUGUCCAAUGGAAUCAGUGUCAAACAGUACCUUACCAAAAAUCAGCAAAUCAUUUCCAAGACUGUAGAACACUGUUACUAUCAUGGUGAAGUGAAGCGUGACGGCUGGUCAAGCGUGGCGGUCAGCACCUGUAAUGGAAUCAGGGGAAUCAUAAAUCUGAACAAUGUGACCUACAUAAUACAUCCACUGAGGGGAGAUUUAGGGAUGAGACACCCACACCUUGUGUUUAAAGCUUCAAGAGAAAUCCUGGAGAGUUGUGGUAAUGACUUUGGUCAGUGGAAGCCAUUUGAUCAGCUUCACCCUGCCGAGUUCAGACAGAGAGUCAGCUAUCUCAGGGCUCUACAGGCUUCUAACCCAGAGCAGAAGAGGAAAGAGAGAACAAUCAAGCUGGGUCUGAUACUGGAUAAAAAAUCUAUAGACAAACUGAACCUUUCACUGACAGGAACCAUUGAUUAUGCCUUACAGACAGUGAACGCUGUAGACUUGUAUUACAGUACUUUAGGGGUCCGUAUGUCUCUGGUUUACCUAGAACUCUGGAAUCGUGGGGACCUGGUGACUGUAUCCUCAAACCUACGAGAGAAUUUAAAGCGUCUGUUACAGUACAAAUCAUCAUCUCUAGAAGACAAACCUCAUACAUUGCUACAUCUUGUUACUGGUGAAAGUCUACAGAACAACUCAAUGGGGAUGUCUGUACCGGACUCUGUGUGUACUGACAGGGCAGUAGGGAUCAGUAAGAGCCCCUCCUUUACUGAGCCCCAGAAGUUGGCCUCUGUUCUCGCUCAUAUGAUUGGUCACAACUUAGGACUCAAGCAUGAUGAAGAUGGUGGCUGUUCUUGUGAGGAUGAAUUUGGCUGUAUUAUGUCGACACAUGUACUAACAAAAACCGGCCUCCAGGCGCGGAAGUUUUCCUCGUGUAGUCGUGAAGAUCUAGAGGUGGCUCUAAGUGUAGAUGUGGCCUCCUGUCUGGAUACUCAGCCAGAGAAAGAGGAGACAUUUAAACAGAAAUGUGGAAACCUGAUUGUUGAGAGAGGUGAAGAAUGUGACUGUGGGUCAGCAGAGCAAUGUCAGCUAACAGAUCCAUGCUGUGAUCCGGACACAUGUUUCCUCAAAUCCUGGGCCCAGUGUAAAAGUGGGACCUGUUGUCACAACUGUACAUUUCUGCCGAGUCAUUAUGUCUGUCGGGAGCAGUCUACAGAUUGUGAUGUCCCAGAGAUGUGUCCAGGAAACAGUGGAGAGUGCCCGGUCAAUAACUAUGUUGCUGAUGGCUACCCCUGCUCUUACAACACCGGCUACUGUAUCAGUGGGAUCUGCCCCACCCUGAGGGAGCAGUGUCAGUACAUCUGGGGGGAGGAUUCAUCAGGAGCGGACCUACAGUGCUUCGAGAAGUUUAACCCCACGGGGAACUUCAACGGACACUGCGGCAGGAACGAGGAGACAGGAUGGUUCUCUAAAUGUCUGCCAGAAAAUAUCCAGUGUGGCCUGUUACAUUGUGAAGGAGGACAUAAACUUCCUCUUCUGAAUUUUGACAAAAGUUUUUCCAAAACCACCGUCUUCAGCAACGGAAAGGAGUAUGACUGCAAGGCUAUUUAUGGACCAGCUGUGAUGUCAUUGCCUCACUUUGGACUGGUACAGGAAGGUACGAAAUGUGGAGAAGGCAAAGUUUGUCGCAACAAACAGUGUGUUACCAUGCCAACAGUUCCCAGCAUGCUCUGUCCUGGAUCUAAGGGCAAUGUGGCUUGUUCUGGGAAUGGGGUUUGUACAAAAACCGGAGCCUGUUUCUGCCACCAGGGGUGGAGCGGUCACAACUGCUCCUCGCUGGCACCAAUCACCAUGACAACAGGAGUGUGGUCCCUGACCAGCACCGCUAGGACGACCGUGGCUCCCAGCCCCACCACUACAGUCACAGAGAAACCACCGGUAGUGGUCCCCUUAGUGACCCCUGAUGAUGCCGUCCCUUCUGUCUAUGUUGCGGAGGAUGAAGGACUCAGUACUCAAUGGUUGAUGGUUAUACUUGGCGGGGUUGUCCUUAGUCUGGUGUUUUUCCUUCUUUUAACCUUCCUCUGUUAUAGGAGGAAGACCCCAGUCAAACUGGUCGGAGGUAAAAAGGGCUUCUUUGGAUUUAAAAAGAAGGGAGAGCACUCAGAAAACAAGACAAAGAACCUUAAAUUUGGAUCCAUGCCUUCAUACAAGUCUGAGGGAUUCUUUGGUCGGAGGAAAAAGAAACCCUUGGCGAGUGAGGAGGAGAGUGAUUUAGAGUUACCUCCCCCUCCUAUUAUUGUUUGUGACCCUGACAGUGCCCGGCCCGAGCGUGGCAUCCUUAAGAAUCUCGCAGUGCGUGUCAGUUCAGAUGAGAGGAGGUCCAGCAGCUCCCAGACUGAGCGAUCAGAGUCGACAUGUGACCACGAUGAAAGGGAAGCUUACGAAGAGGAAGAGGACGCGGAGGCGACAGAGGUCAGGGACAUCCUGAGUCGUCUCCAUGCCAACGACCCCUAUGACCCCGAGAAGUCCAUGGAGAUGUUGGAUCAGUUAGCGGAGGAGACAUCAAGCUUCGAUUUUAUUCUCCCCAACCCGGGACUGGGAAGCACCAGAUCCGAGUCCCCGCGGAAGAAUCAGACGUACGACUUCCCAGUCAGUGGAGCCAAGAGGCCGACUUUGUGGAAGAACAGCCCCAAAGUCUCACCUCCCAAGUCAAAGAUUGUGCGUAUGAAUUUCAGUGAACUGAUGCAGGAGAUAGACCGGCACCGUACAGUGGAGUUAUCUCCCUCGCCAGACGAACUCACUGCUCAGGUGUCACCCACCACGUCAGAGGAGAUCAGGAGUUCCUCUACAGAUGACCGUGCGUACAACACAGGCCAGAGUCCACAAUCGGUCACCAGUGGUAGUACCAGGGACACCUACCAGCCCUUCCCUCUCAGUCACUGGACCAAGCUUAGCUCCACUCCUCUCUAUGAUAUCGACUCCUCCAUGCCUAACAUCCCACCCCCAAUGUCUCCUCUACAUCUACGCAGCAUCAACUUCUCCAACAUAGGAGUGCUGAAUCGAGACUUUAAUGACACUCCACUGGGCAGUCAGUUAGAUGGCUGCUCGACUAAUGGCACAGCUAACUCUCGUUGUGGAUAUGAGAAGAGUUCAGGAUACGGAAGUGAACACGAUCCCGCCGAGAGAUUCAGUCUGGAUGAGGCCUCGGGCCCUGGGUCUCGGGCCGCGUCAGCAUCACCCCCAGCAUACAGUGCUGUGCUACGAAGCGGACCACACCAAAUAAAGUUACUUCCUGUCCGCAGACUUCAUGAGGGCGGACUAGACGACCAUCAAAGUCUGCAGCGUCUGUUACAAGAACUGCCGAGGAUCGAUGCAGGGGCUUAUGAACGAAGUCCUUUAGUCAACCCUGUACAGGGAGUCAAUAAAAUAGAAGGAAAAUGUAUGAGGGAGGACGUGAACUUUACAAAGGAGGGAGCGCAUGAGGACUGUCCCCUCCUCACUAACUCUGACGUCUCCUAUGUAGGUCAAAGUGACAUCAGUGGAGUAGGUAACAUGGAGGAAAGCUUCCCUCUGGUUGGCUACUCUGAAGACCUAGAGGAAAAACUAGGUCACCUCAUUCAGAAAGAGGCUCUGGGUGGAGACACAGCUUUACAGCAUUGUGACAAUCAGAAUGACCUUGAUUCUCACCAGAAGGUGAAAUCAAAUGACCUUCAAGGCCAGAUCAGUGACCUUGACCUAGAUAGUGCUCCCUGCAUUGACUGCAGUCUCGAGUCAAUUCCUCACACCAUGAAACAGUGCAGAAAGGUCACAAGAGUAAAGGGCAGGAAAAGGCCAGAUCCUGCAAAGAAUGAACCAACAGAAUCAGUUGCCAUGACAACACAAAUGUUACCUGUUUAGAUUUCUUAUGUUUAAGAUUGACUGAUUUUUGUGUUAAAUUUUUGUAUUAUUUGGAUCUCAUUUUUAAUUCAUUUUACAUGUAGUUGUUUUGUUUUUUAUGUUGAUCUGUGUUUUUACUUUUUAUUAGAUCUGAUAGAUUUCAUCUGAUAGAUUAUAUUGCGUUGUUUUUUUGUUUUGUUUUUUGUCAGUAAGUGGACUUGUAUUUGAUAGAUUAUGUAAAAAAAAUUAAUAUUUUAAUGCCCGUGGUUGUGUGACCAAAUUUACUGUCGAAUAAUUUUAUUCUCAUUAAAAUUAUAUGAUUUUUUAAGGUUGUAAAACCCCUGUGUUUUUACAAAAAAUUUUAUCUUUUGAGUAUUUUAAGUUUGUGUGAUGUAACAGAUGUGUGCAAUAUUAAUUAUACUACAUUAUAACAUCAUCUUAUAUAAU